AUGUCUAGACCAGAGUCAGGGCAUCAAACCCCCUGCAGACCCUUGAGACUUCAUUACGAAUUAGGGGCCACUGAAAAUAGAUGGUUGUGCCAGUUCUUAUGGAGCAGCGCAAGGCUCGGCAUUGGCAUCCGCGUUGCCGGAAAUGGUCGGGCUGAGAAUGUCCAAAUUGUAGUCGUUGUCCGACUUCCAGACACCAGCAUAGAUCAACAGGCCGAUCUUGAAGCAUACCAAUGCGAGAGGCAUGUCUGGGAUGUGAUAAAGACGAACAUUGAUUCGAGUAAUCUUUUCGGGGAAUAUCUCGACGGUGGAGCUCAAGAAUAUGCAAGAAGGCUCCGAGUUGGAGCUAGUGGAAGAUGA